GGAAAAUUCAGGGUCCCGAGGCGUUUCACCAUGGCCACGGCCGGAGCUCAGAAGCGCUUCUGCCGCUGCGCCUGUUUCUGCUACCAGAACUUGUACGUGGCUCGCUACGGGCUGUACCUGCGCUUCCGGGACGAGCAGCAGCUGCGCCGGGACUAUGAGCCCCUCCUGCGCAGCCGAGGCUGUGUCAGCUCCAAGGAUUUCCUACAACUCUUAGAAGAGCUUAAGCAGGAGGUGGGGCGGCGCCAGCGGCUGGGGCAGGAGUCAGCUGCGAGGAAAGCCCUCAUCUCGAGCUCCUAUUGUCCUGCACGGCCUGAGGUCUAUAAUUCACUGCAGGAUACAGCUCUUGCCCCUGAGUUUCUGGAUGCAGCUGGCUACAGUGCAUCUCCAGGUGCAGACCUUCAGGGCCUUCUCCAGCGGCUAGAGACAGUGUCGGAGGAGAAGCGCAUCUACCGGGUGCCCGUGUUCUCCAUGCCAUUCUGCCAGGCCCUGCUGGAGGAGCUGGAGCACUUCGAGCAGUCAGACAUGCCCAAGGGAAGGCCCAACACCAUGAACAACUAUGGGGUGGUGCUGCAUGAGCUAGGCCUGGACGAGCCUUUAGUGACACCACUGCGGGAGCGUUUCUUGCAGCCACUGACGGCCCUGUUGUACCCAGACUGCGGUGGGGGUCGUCUUGAUAGCCACCGUGCCUUCGUGGUCAAAUAUGCUCUGGGCCAGGACCAGGAGUUAGGCUGCCACUAUGAUAAUGCAGAACUCACCCUCAAUGUAGCCCUGGGCAAGACGUUCACUGGGGGUGCCCUCUAUUUUGGAGACCUCUUCCAGGCACCUGCAGCCCUGAUGGAGCCCCUGGAAGUAGAGCACAUUGCGGGCCAGGGUGUUCUGCACCGAGGUGGCCAAUUGCAUGGGGCCCGGCCUCUGGUCACUGGUGAGCGCUGGAAUCUUGUCGUCUGGCUCCGGGCCUCUGCUGUGCGCAACCACCUCUGUCCCAUGUGUUGUCGUGAGCCAGACCUGGUGGAUGACGAGGGCUUCAGCGACGGCUUUACCCGGGAAGAACCCACCAUGGUGGAUGUGUGUGCCCUGACUUGAGCCUGUAUCCCCCAGAGGUGAGGGGACUGGGCGGGCAGAAAUAAAGUCUGCAGCCUUGACA